CUCUGGAAAGUUGUGGAGUUGUAGUAUUGACAUGGAGAUCAAUUAUGCUCUGGCUUUGCUCUUAGUCCUCAUUCUCAACUUGGGUAGUUUGCUCACUUCUCUUGCUAACUGCAAUUGCUCACCACCAACAUACCCUCCAGCUCCCCACUUGCCACCCAAACAUCCUCCCCAUGUAAAGCCACCCUCCCACCCUAAGCCACCAAAGAAGCCACCACCUCAUGCAAAGCCUCCUCCUCAUGUACCCACGAAACCCCCAGUUGUACUGCCUCCACCAUCUACCCCCAAGCCCCCAACUGUAAAACCACCACCACCAUCUCCACCAAAGGACACGUGUCCCAUUGACACCCUAAAAUUGGGAGCUUGUGUAGAUGUGUUGGGUGGUCUUAUCCACGUUGGAAUUGGAAGCAGUGCCAAAGAUGCAUGUUGUCCGGUGCUUCAGGGACUGGUGGACUUGGACGCUGCUAUUUGCCUUUGCACCACCAUCAAGGCUAAGCUUCUUAAUGUCAACCUCAUCAUCCCCAUUGCUCUUCAGGUGCUCAUUGCUUGUGGGAAGACUCCUCCCUCCGGAUUCCAGUGUCCUGCAUAGAUGAUCAUCAUAUCUUAUUCCUAAAUCUCACUUAGUAGUUGUUAAUCAUGUCAUCAUUAGGGAUAUGUGGCGCCAGCUAGCUGAUAAUAAAGCAUGUCAAAGCUUGAAAGUAAAAACUACUUGAGGAUAAAUCUAUUAUUCGUUUUUGUUUUGUUUUGUUUACUUGAAGAGUGUAUCAGAUCGAUAUACUGUGGUAAUUUAGUUAUGUUAUUUUCUUGAACCUUGGAAGUAUAUAUAAUAACCUGAGUUUAAAGAAA